AUUUACGUCACUCAAGAAGCAAGAUGAAGUAGGUGUGUACGGAAGUGAAAAAAACAGGCUGAUGCUCUAUUUCACGGUAUGAAAGAAGUCUAAAACAACUUUCCAACAAGGGAACCUAAAUAUUGGUGACAUCAUACACUACAUUAUAUGAAUUAUAUGUUAUAAAAAGACAAUAAAAACUUUCUUAUAAUACAACUGAUUGUCUUCAACUAUGGCAUCGUAUGGAAGAGGGGAGUUUGAUGGUGGUUUUUCGUCGUAUCAGUCAGGAAGUAGACCAUCCGCAGGUGGUAGCAGCGAGUUCAACAGAUUAGUUAACAGUAUCAGUGGAAAUAUACAAAAAAUCUCUCAAUAUGUUGCACAAAUGCAAAAGGCUGUCAAUCAAAUUGGAUCCAGUCAGGAUAGUGACCGUCUUCGAGAGCAAAUGCACCAGGCACAGACAUACACCAAUCAGCUGGCUAAGGAUACAAAUCAUGACCUCAAGGAACUGGCCCAUCUUCCCAUGCCAGCAUCAGAACAGAGUAAAUGGAAAGUGCAGAGAGACAGACUUACCGAUGAAUUCAGUAAUGCUUUGAAGAACUUUCAAACAGUGCAACGAUCUGCUGCAGAGAAGGAGAAGGCUAGUGUAGCAAGAGCUAGGGCCCAUUCCAGUUCCACCACACCUGGUUUAAGUGAAUUCAGUGACUUCAGACCAGAAGAACAACAGACAGCUCCUGGAUUUUCCCAAACACGUCAAAUUUUACAAAUGGAAGAAGAUGUUGAUCUGGAGAUGUUACAGGAACGUGAAGAUUCCAUUAAAAAACUAGAGAGAGAUAUUGUAGAUGUAAACCAGAUCUUCAAAGAUCUCGGCAUGCUGGUGCAUGAACAGGGAGAAAUGUUAGACAGUAUAGAGGCCAAUGUGGAGAGUGCCCAGAUCAGGGUGGAGGAAGGAACACAACAGUUGUCAAAAGCUAGAGACUACCAGUCAAAAGCAAGAAGAAAAAAGUGCAUAUGUAUAGUAAUUCUACUAGUUGUUAUCGCUGUUAUAGCCAUUAUAAUUGCUAUAUAUUUUUCACAGAAAAAUUAAUGAGCAUAAAUCCCGUCGAAAAAAGUGUAUUAUCUUUAUCAUUGUACUUGUGGUUGUGAUAUUCCUGAGCUUGAUCAUCUGGGCAGCGACGAAAUCCAACUGAUGAUAUUUGUGUGCCACGCAGACUCUUCAGCAGUGUUGACAGUUUGACGGACUGAUCGGGAUAGAACACAGCCAGUACAGAAAACCUAUUGAUUGAGGAAGAACCACUUUCUUAUGGUUUAAGUUUAAAAAUUGAAAUGACAACUGUUUAAGUUUCUGAACUAGUAAUACAGAAGAUACAUGAUCUCACGGACAUUUGUAUGUUAUAAUAGCUGUAUCAAAUAUUUGCUCUAUAUAUACACAAAGUACUUAUAAAUGUGUCGCAACAUUUCAAGACUUCCUUUUCUCAUGUGUGUUGUGUUGUGUAACUAUACUACAACAUUUCCAGACCUCUUUGCUCAUGUUGUGUGUUGAAUUUUGUAACUUUACUACAAUGUAAAAAAGUAUAUAGAACGUUUUGUUACCAGAAGGGAACAGAUUUUCUGAAUAUAUACUAUACCAACAAAAUUAGCGAAAUAUUCUUACCGCUAAGUUGAUCAUGGUCACAGAGCUGUUGGACUGUAUGCCAACUGUUAGGUAAGUUACAUACUACAUGUAUAUAGAAAAGGCUGUGACAGGUUUGUAUAAGUACAUUGUGUAUAAAGUAAAUGUUUGGUAUACUGAAUCUUAAAAUCAAAGGUGUUAUAAAUGUCUGUGUUUCAUUUGAUGACCUCUUGAUUACCUGACUGGGUUGUAUUUAUCAUUGAAUUUAUACAUAGCAUAAUCCAUAACAAUGCAGACUUACUUGAACUGCUUGCAUUAAUGAAAUAAUUCAGUAUUGGCUCCUACAGAUAGCCGUAUUAUAGUUUUCCAGCAAUACUUGCAGGAAGUCAAUCCGUAGUAUCAGAUUCAAGGGAUGGGUGGCAUGUAUUGGCAUUUCUAUGAAGCAGCGAAAUACACGAGUGAGCUUAUUGUCUGACGUGGUCUAAUAGCCAGACAUUGUCUUAUUGUCUGACCUGGGCUUUUUGUUGGAUAAAUAUGGUCUUAUUGUCUGACAUGGGCUUUUUGCUGGUUUUAAUUGUUUUGCAAAUAUAUGAAAAACUUCACAAUGGGAUUUGAACAUUAAUUAUUCUAUCAUAUAUUUAAAAGUACAUGUAAUAGCAUUAGAGCUUCAUACAUCGAAUGUAUAAAGCAACUGGGUACCAAGUAAAUUAAGCAGCUUGUUUAAAAUUUAAGUUAAAUAACUUGUUUUAAUGAAAUUAUAGAUAAAACCACUACCACUUAAACUUUUUCUGGGUCUAAUUUUUAAAAAUGGUUAAAAUGUUGCACAAUACGUAAUGAUAAUUUUAGAUACUGAGUAAUUUUCGCAAAAUUCCUCACCUGAUAAGGCUGUAUUGGACACCGAGGUUGAUCUCUCUUAGGCUGUAUUUGAGUAAUGUCAAAAUUGUAAAAUCCACCCAAAAUCACUUUAAGCGUACAAAAUUGUCCUUUCAAAGUUAAUGUAGAUCUUGGUACAUAACACUCAUCUCUAGCUUGUUUCAACAUAGCUCCUUAUGUACACAGCUAAUCAACCCACGGUCAAUGACCAAUGUCUAUCACAUUCGCUUCCAAUUCUGUUUUCUUUUACUUGCAUCUUACUAUGAUAGAUAUACAUGUUAUCAGUACCUAAAUAUCUGAUAAACUGACACAUCUGAGCCAGGUUUUUACUAUGGAGCAUUGCUAAAAAUUCAUUCCCAUGAAUGUGACACACUGAAAAGUCUGUUGUCAUGUGACAGACACUGAAAUGUUUGUGGUGAUCAAGUGAUGGCCAAUGAGAAGUCUGUCGAAUGACAGUCAUUGAGAAUUCUUUUGUCAUGUUACAGCCAUUGAGAAGCCUGUGGUCAUGUGACAGCACAGCAUUGAGAAGUAUGUUGUCAUGUGACAGCCAUUGAGAAGUAUUUUGUCAUGUGACAGCACAGCAUUGAGAAGUCUGUUGUCAUGUGACAGCACAGCAUUGAGAAGUAUGUUGUCAUGUGACAGCCAUUGAGAAGUAUGUUGUCAUGUGACAGCCAUUGAGAAGUCUGUUGUCAUGUGACAGCACAGCAUUGAGAAGUCUGUUGUCAUGUGACAGCCAUUGAGAAGUAUUUCGUCAUGUGACAGCUAUUGAAAAGUCUGUGAUCUUGAUCACGUGACAGCCAUUGAGAUGUCUGUUGUCAUGUGACAGCAAAUGAGAAGUGUGGUGUCAUGUGACAGCCAUCGAGAAAUCUUGGUAGACAUAUACUUACUCUUGUAGAAUUCUAUUGUUUAGUGAUGAGCUAGGGCUAUCACAAAGUGCUGAUGAAGUGUGACAUGAUUGUGAUGUAUUGUUAUUUAAUACCAUUUACAUAUAUAGUAAAUGAAGAGAGUGUAGUGGAGUAGAUGUCCUGUGGGGUGUAGAUUCUCCUGUGGGGGACGUCUGUGUAGAUUCUCCUGUGGGGGACGUCUGUGUAGAUGCUCCUGUGGAGGACGUCUGUGUAGAUACCCCUGUGGGGGAUGUCUGUGUAGAUACUCCUGUGGGGGAGGUCUGUGUAGAUACUCCUGUGGGGGACGUCUGUGUACAUGCUCCUGUGGGGGAGGUCUGUGUAGAUACUCCUGUGGGGGACGUCUGUGUACAUGCUCCUGUGGGGGACGUCUGUGUAGAUACUCCUGUGGGGGACGUCUGUGUAGAUGCCCCUGUGGGGACGUCUGUGUAGAUACUCCUGUGGGGGAGGUCUGUGUAGAUGCCCCUGUGGGGGACGUCCAUGUAGAUGCCCCUGUGGGGACGUCUGUGUAGAUACUCCUGUGGGGGAGGUCUGUGUAGAUAUCCCUGUGGGGGAUGUCUGUGUAGAUGCCCCUGUGGGGACGUCUGUGUAGAUACCCCUGUGGGGGACGUCUGUGUAGAUACUCCUGUGGGGGACGUCUGUGUAGAUACCCCUGUGGGGGACGUCUGUGUAGAUACCCCUGUGGGGACGUCUGUGUAGAUACUCCUGUGGGGGACGUCUGUGUAGAUACCCCUGUGGGGGACGUCUGUGUAGAUGCCCCUGUGGGGGACGUCUGUGUAGAUGCCCCUGUGGGGGACGUCUGUGUAGAUACUCCUGUGGGGGAGGUCUGUGUAGAUACCCCUGUGCUCUUUUAAGUAUAGACAUUGCUCAUACUCUUGUGAAAACAUUCUGGUGCAGAUGUUGUACUUGGUGGGUGUCUGUAUUUUUCUGAUAACUAUUUGACAAUGAGAUUAGGGACCAAGUUUGGUGCAUAUAAUAACUUACCAUGUAUGUUUCAAGAUAUCAAGUUUAAUCUGGAGAUAUAACACAAUGUGCGAUAUCUUGUAUGCUUAAUAGUAAAAUUCUCAUUAAAAAGUUUUUUUCCUUUUAUGGAAGUUUUCCAAUACCACAAUUAAAUCAUAUGUAAGUUGUCAUUAAAGGAUUUCAGGUUAUAGAUCAUUUUAAUGUCAGUUAAUCUGAAGCGAUGCUGAGCCUGUCUUUGUAGGAGAUUACAUUGUUAAAGAUAACCAAGCUGGUCGUUCGUCUUGAACAUAGAUUUUUGUAUCAGUCAGAUGUGUUUUCAUUCAAUGACCUGAUUGAGACCUUUAACUACAAGGCAAAUAUAUUAGUUUACAGUGACAUGGUAAAUUUCUAGAAUUCGUAUUGGAAUUAAAGUUAGUAUAUACUCGAUAGCACUUUGACAGCAGGUGGUAUGUUCCUAACCUUUAGAGAAAUGUGUCUAAAUUGAUAUGAUGAAAUGAAAGUUUUCAUAAACAUUGGUUUGGAUGGGAUAGAGGAAAUGGAAGUAGAUAGUAUGAUGAAUGGUGUGUACUAGUUCUCCACACUGCAAUUAUAGCUAUAUACAAGGUCUUUUUUCUAGAUAGUUGAUUAACAUUUUAAAUGGCUAUGUAAACCUGAAUCAUAAAAUUAAAACUUGCAAAACUAAAAGUGUCAUUUUAAGACUUAAAAUUUGUGAAAUCUUUUGUAUAAUCAACAGUGCAAUGAAAAAGUAUCGAGAAAAAAAGGAAUACAGGAUGGGAAAAUCCUUAUAUUAUGUAUAUGUGUAUAUAUAGAUAUAUAUUACUGUAUAAGAUAUGGGAGGUAAGUCUUGUUUUAUUAAAAGUAUAUACUGCUCUGCAAAUUGAACAUAAUAUCCUUAUUUAUGUAAAUUAUGAUGUGGAAUAAAAUUGUGAUUAAAUUUGCAUUUUAUAUAAAUGUUUAAUUAUUGUAUAAAUAUAUCAAAAUGUAUAUAAGAUGUGAGAUUAUCAAUUAUUGACUUUUUAACCCAGGUAAAAAACUUCCCUUUUUCUACCUGGAUUUACUCCAAACUGUAAACAGAAACCAAGAAUCAGGAAGUAACAAUGUUUGAGGUGGUGAUGAUGUUUUCAGAUAGAUGAGACAAAUGUUAUAUGACAUUAUGAUGAACUGUUCAGAUAAAUUAAACAAAUAUUAUGUGAUUUGUUGCCAAAAUAAACAGGUUUGAAUGUGAAAGAAUUUACCUGAGAAAGAUUUAAGGUUAAUCUGAAUUUUAUUAUAAACAAUAUCUAAUGUUAUAUGUUAAAUAGAAUUUGCAGUUUCUAUAUAUGCUUGCAAUAGUCAGUGUAACCUGUUUAAA